CAUCUCCCUAUCCCACCCUCUCUCAUAAACACGCAACCCAGGGUAAAGAUGUGUGGCUGUUCACGACCCGGUGUGCUGCCCUGUCUUGUCCUCCUGUAAUCCCUCCUUUCGUCUGAUUAGUCAUACUGGAUCGAUAAGCCCAUUAAGGCAGACCGUCGGUGGCAUCUAUUCAACGCGCAUCGAGCCGAACUGGAUAAAAAGCACUGAAGGGUUCGGGACCCGGGGGGUCCGGCAUGCCCGUCCCCUGCGCUCCGUGCGCACAAGCAGAGGCGAUCUUGUUUCUCGGCGACCGCGAGGAAAUGUGUGCGCCGUUGGACUUCACGCUCCUCUGUGACUAGAGUCAUUUGGAUGUCGCCAAAUUCGCCAUUACGCAGUUUUGCGCUCAACUUCACGCGUGGCCGGACGGUCUGGAUGUAAACGCCAACGGUAAUGUAUUACCGUGCUGGGACCCUGGUCCGCGCCGACACGUGGAUUUGACCAGCUCUGUUUAGGGUGACGUGAUACGCGGUGUUGGUAUCCCACUCGGCGACAUAUGGUCUGCUGGCGCACAUUUGAAGCCGUCGACCCGCUGCCUCUCUGGAGCGGAAAGAGCCGGGGACGCUGAGGAAUGCGGAGCCGGGAUUUUCUCUUUUCCAGCUCACCUGCGAAACUCCUCGCAGCGCAAGUCAAAAGACAGGACGCCCAUGGCUGAACAAACACAGGGUCAGAAGGCUACAUUACCUUCUCCUUGUCUUUUCAUCCCGCAGUCGACCGACGCAACCGGUGAGCGCCAUGCUGAGGCAGAUCCUCUUCAACUCCACCGACACCCCGGACUUCGACCUGGUGCUCAUGGGCCAGUCCUCCACACAAGCCCCCUCCUCCCUGAACGCCUCCCACGGCGGCUCGGUGAGCGUGGCCUCUCUUCUGAGGCCCACCACGGGGCGAGGUGCAGGAGGGCUCCGAGAGGGCGAGUUCCACAAACCGGACCUGAUCACCUACAUUGUCAUGUGCCUUCUGCUCUUCCUGUUGGUGCUGCUCAUUGUGUUCUUUAUCAACUGCCAGCUGCGGAACUCCUUCUUCGCCUCCAUGCCAUAUGACAGGUCUCUGAGAGAGGCCCGGACCUCCUACAAGUGAGGCCAGGAUAAACCUCUGGGUCUGUUAGACUUCUAAUGAGAUUUCAGAACUUACUUGUGACCCCUGAACUGCUUCUGCGGGUACCCUAUACCCUCAUGAGUUGCCUCGGACACAUUUGAUGUUCUAAAAUAUCCUGGAAUCCCAAAAAAAGACCUGAUAUGAUCAGUCAGGGACUGGGUCAAAUGUUACCCACAAGACCCCCCAAAAGACAUUCCAUCAGCCCAGGCUAUGCGGGAGGCCUCUCAGAAGAUGAGCGGUGUGCAUAUGGGCCUGCUGGUGGUGGAAAUAUAUCAACAACUCCUGAAUAAAUGUGUGACUCAUAUUUUAUGGCAAUUGAUAAACGGAAUGUGAAAUAAUACAUCAUUCACCGCCACUCCCUGCAAAGCACCUAAUAAACAGUUAAUUCCUUUACAGUAUAACCUACACUCCUGAGCUUGUAUUCAUUCAUCUAGUCGCUUACACAUUUGACCUAUGGCCUGAAGUUUGAGUCAAGGGAUUUCCCACUGGCCCUCACAAAAUGAAUCCCCCCCAUAGUAAAGUGCCAUAUGUCAGCAUUGAAGGGAUCUGUAGUUUGUAUAUAUUUUGUUUGACUGUAACUGAUCUGUCUUGUCUUGUGAAAUGAUGCAAUCAAAAAACAAUUUCCACCCUGCUGUAAACUGGUGAUUUAAUGGAUUAAAUGGCAGACUAUAGGCCUACAUCGUCACAUAAAGGUAUUUAAGUGUACUUUGAA